CAAUUAAAAAAAUAAUUUUAAAAUGUCGUAACCGAAGGAUUGAUCCUAAAUUAAGGGGUUUAAGGAUCAAAUCCUUAAUGACGUGGCAAGGCGGGAGUGGUCGUGGUAGGGGUUGUGUUUCGUAUGUGGAAAAAAACAUUCAUUCUCUUUCUCCGUCUCGAAAAAAAAACUCUCCCGAAGGCGAAAGGCGAUUCAGAGAUCGUGAAACGGUGAAGGUUUUGAAAUGGAGGAAGAACUUCGAGAUAAGAAAGCACAGAAAGAGUACUACAACAUGAUCGAUUUUGUUGCAAAUGUGCAACAGGGGAUUCCCAAAAUUUGCCCCUGUGGAUCAAUCACGAAAGAAACCGUUGAUGAAGAUGAUACGUACGACUACCUCCCGGGAAAAAGAUACUUUAUCUGCAAAGACUUUGAGAAUGAUGGGCUGCAUUUCAGGCAACCAUGGGUUACGGCUAUUCAUGAAGAAGUUGAGAGGCUCAAAGAACGGUAUCACGAGCAGGCGAAGCUUCUGAGAGAGUGCCAGGCACUUAAGGACCAGGUGAGAAUGCUGCAGGACGAGGUGAGAAUGCUGCUUAUGCGUGUGGCUGAACUCGAGAGAGCCCUCUGAGGUGAUGUACAAGACCAUGUGCCUGACGAAGACAAAAGCUGCUGUCUCUUCCUUAUGUAUUCACGGGAUGCUUGUUUUUUUUUCUUAUUUUUCCAUGUGAACCUAGUCACGGGUACUUUGUCUGUUUAUUAGCUUCGUAUUUCUUGCCUUUAUAAGUCUGGUUGUAGAUUCGGCGAAGAGCUAUCUCAUUUGCUCUUCUUGUACUAAAAACUUGUUAUGAUGAAAUUUUAAUUUCGAGUAUCUGCGUUUCAUCAACCCUUCCCUUCAUAUUUGUAUGCUCACGGCAGGUAUUGUCACUGGUUUGUGUUGCCAGUAUGAUAGUAGAGUUUUGUGUUGCUUCUCAAAAUACCAAUUCACUAAACAAUUUGACUGAAUUGGCGUCUUUUAUAUUAAGUCUUGAACGUUUCUUUGUAUCAAAUCUUUAUGAGUUUUAUUAGUAACGCCUGAGCUUAGCUAGUUUCUCGUAUCAAAUCUUUAGUAGGCUUGAAUCCACCAUCGAAUAUUUGAUAUUGUAUAAGGUUGAUACAAUGAUUGACAACCUAGAAUUAGAUGAUUCUGAUAUAUAAGGUUGAUAUAAUGGUCCAACUAUUCGUAUUUGUUCAUGAUUGACAACCUAGAAUUAGAUGAUUCUGAUAUAUAAGGUUGAUAUAAUGGUCAAAAUAUGAAAACAUGGGGAGUCAACGGUCGACAUAUAUCAAACUUUGUGUUUUUAUGUCUCCUAAUGUGUACGCACAAUUAUGGUUUUGGUUUUAACAAACUUUCUUUUUUAGAUUUAAGAAAGGAUAGUGAAAUAUAAGAGAUGAAGUAGAUCGAAGAUUAUAUGCGGUUUUGGAUGAGGCGGUCGAUGAAUAUAUUGAGGAUACAUUCAACAACAUCGUCGAAAAUCGAACAGUCAAACCGAAGAAACGUGCAUAUGUCGAACGAAACCGCGAAGAGGGCCACAACCGUCUAUGGAAUGAUUACUUCCGUGAAGAUUCCACAUUUCCGGCUCAUUUUUUCAGACGCCGUUUCCGCAUGAACAAGGAAGUAUUCUUGCGUAUUGUCAAUCGCCUCUCCGAAAAUGUUACAUUUUUUCAGCAAAGAAGAGAUGCUGUCGGACGGUUAGGUCUAUCUCCACUACAAAAGUGUACGGCAGCUAUUCGUAUGCUUGCUUAUGGCUGCGCGGCGGACGCCACAGACGAAUAUCUCCGACUUGGUGAAAGCACAUCACUUUCGUGUUUAACUAAUUUUACAGAAAGCGUAAUACAAUUAUUUGGAGAAGAGUAUAUACGAAGACCCACUACAGAAGAUCUUCAACGACUACUCGACAUUGGAGAAAUACAUGGCUUUCCUGGAAUGGUUGGAAGCAUCGAUUGUAUGCAUUGGGAGUGAAAAAAUUGCCCAACUGCUUGGAAAGGACAGUACACACGUGGAUCAGGAAAGCCGACAAUUGUCUUGGAGGCUGUCGCUUCACAAGAUCUUUGGAUAUGGCACGCUUUUUUUGGUCCACCUGCAGGUACCUUAAACGAUAUUAACGUCCUCGAUCGGUCACCUAUUUUUGAUGACAUUUUACAAGGUCGAGCUCCAAGGGUACAAUACGUGGUCAACGGACACCAAUAUGAUAUGGCGUACUACCUCACUGACGGUAUAUAUCCAAAAUGGUCAACAUUUAUCCAAUCUAUAUCACUUCCUCAAGGUCCUAAAGUAGAGUUAUUUGCUAAAGUUCAAGAAUCAACCCGAAAAGAUGUGGAGCGGGCUUUUGGAGUAUUGCUAUCUCGAUUUGCAAUAGUGAAAAACCCGGCUAUUUUGUGGGACAAGAAACAAAUAGGGAUGGUUAUGCGAACAUGUAUCAUACUUCACAAUAUGAUAGUAGAAAAUGAACGCAAUGGAUACACUCAGUAUGAUACAUCUGAAUUUGAAGAAGGAACCUCGACCAGAAGUUCGAAUGUGGAUGCACCCAAUACUUCCGAGAUGCCUCCAAAUCUCGCUAAUAUGCUUCUUAUACGGACUCAUCUUCGUGAUAGAAAGUUACAUGAACGAUUGAAAAAUGAUUUGGUAGAAAAUAUUUGGAACAAGUUUGGUAAUGAUGAAGAUGAAUAAUUAUUGUAUGUUUGCAUUUAAUCAUUCAAUAAAUGAAUUUUCAAUUU